AUGAUGGAGCAAAAGGAGCGAUCGCCUUCGGCGGCUUCGAUACCUGUCGCAUCGGCCGUCUCUACUACCAAAUCGCCGGCGCAGAAAAAAAUAGACGACAAGGAAAAGGGAAAAACAAAUGGGAAAGAAGACGAUGGAUCUUUCAAGUACUACAUGCGCGUCUUCAAGUACAACGACGCCAAAGGUUGGAUCAUCAACGCGGUCGCCUGUUUAUGCAUGAUUGCUUCGGGUACCGCUCUUCCCUUGAUGGACGUCGUUUUUGGCUCCUACGUUAAUGUAUUCAACGACUUUGUCGCGGGCACCCUGUCGCCCGCUGGCUACCGCAAGCAGGUUGCCCAUUAUGCUCUCUACUUUAUUUACCUCUUCAUCGGAAAGUUUAUACUCACAUACAUCUGGACGGUCGCCGUGUCCAUCACCUCCAUCCGCGUCGUGAAAAAGAUGCGCGUCGACUUUGUCCGCCAGACACUCCGCCAGGAAAUUCCUUUCUUCGAUGCGCCAUCCAGUUCCAUCUCAAGUCAGAUCACCACAAACGGCAAUCUCAUUACCAACGGCAUCGCUGAGAAGCUCGGUAUCACUAUCCAGGCCAUGUCAACCUUUGUCUCUGCCUUUAUCGUAGCCUUUAUCGUCCAGUGGAAGCUGACCCUCAUCGUCAUCUCCAUCGUCCCCGUCAACAUCAUUGUCACCGUGGUCUGCGUCAUGUUUGACAUGAUUUACGAGUACAAAAUGUUUGAUAUUUACAGCAAGUCAGGCACCAUUGCCGAGGAGGCCUUUGCGACCAUCCGCACCGCCCACGCCUUCUGGGCCUUCCCCAAACUCUCCAGCCGCUUCAGCAACAUUCUGGAGGAGGCCCGCGUCGUUGGCAACAAAAAGUCACUAAUAUAUGCCAUCCUCUUCCCAUUCGAAUUUUUCUGCAUUUUUGCUGGCUAUGGCCUUGCGUUUUGGCAGGGCAUGCGCAUGUUCGCCAGCGGCGAGAUUGCCCAGCCAGGUACAGUCGUAACUGUCAUCUUCGCUGUGCUCGUCGCUGCCCAGGCACUAACCCAGAUUGCCCCGCAAACUGUGGCCAUAUCCAAGGCCGCCGCCGCCGCUCACGACAUGUUUGCAGUUAUUGACCGCAAAUCCGCCGUUGACUCCCUUUCUACUGCCGGCAAAACCAUUCCCGAUUUUCAGGGAAGCAUCAAAGUCUCCAACAUUGACUUUGCGUACCCCUCUCGCCCAGACGUGCCAAUCCUUAAGGACUUUAGCAUUGAGAUCCCCGCCAACAAGACCACCGCUUUUGUCGGUGCCAGCGGCUCUGGAAAGAGUACACUGUUUGGCUUACUUGAACGAUGGUAUUCCAGCUCGGCAGGCAAAAUCACACUCGAUGGUUAUAAUCUAACAGAUCUCAACCUCCAAUGGCUACGCACCAGCAUGCGCCUCGUCCAACAGGAGCCCACUUUGUUUACCGGCAGCAUCUACCAAAAUGUCGUUGAUGGCUUAUCUGGUACCGCCAUGAUUGACCUGCCUGAGGAAGAAAAGCGUCGUCUCGUUCAGGAAGCUUGCGAAUCUUCGUAUGCCCACGACUUCAUCUCCGAGCUGCCCAAUGGCUACGACACCAAGAUUGGCGAGCGGGGUGCGUCUCUAUCCGGUGGCCAGAAGCAGAGAAUCGUCAUUGCGCGUAGUAUUAUUUCCAACCCCAAGAUUCUUCUCCUCGACGAAGCCACAAGUGCCUUGGACCCGAACGCGGAAAAGAUUGUACAGACUGCACUGAACAAUGUAGCCAAGGGUCGGACCAUGAUUGCCAUUGCCCAUCGUCUCUCCACGAUCCGCACCGCUGAUCAGAUCAUUGUCAUAUCCAAGGGCCAGGUGCUUGAAACCGGCACGCACUCUGAGCUGAUUAAGAUGAACGGCAAGUAUGCUGCUUUGGUACGCGCCCAGGAUCUUGGCAACAGCGACGGAUCAGCAGACAGCGAUGAAAAUGGAGAAGAACAGAAACCCGAGGAGGUCCUCGCGCUCGCUGCCUCUCGUGCAUCAGCUGGUGCGCAGAGCGUUCAAGAGCAGGCCGACAAGGAGCAAACCUACGGGUUAUUUAGGGGUUUGUGGAUUAUCAUCAAAGAGCAGCCCAGCCUAUGGUGGUCUCUCUUCGUUAUUUGGCUUUGCGGUAUUGCUGGUGGUGGCACUUAUCCAGCGAUUGCCGUGCUGUUCGCGCAGACCAUGGAUGCCUUCACCACCAUCAAUGUGCCCAAAGCCAAUUUCUACGCUCUGAUGUUCUUUGUCGUUGCGCUUGGGAAUCUUGUACUCUACGCCAUUUCCGGCUGGCUUAUCAACGGCAUUGGACAGUACAUCAUGAAAUUCUACCGAGCUGAGCUAUUUGACAACACUCUUCGCCAGGACAUGACCUUCUUCGACAAGGCCGAAAACAAUACCGGCGCUCUCGUGUCUCGUGUGGCUUCCGAACCUACCAGUUUGCAGGAGCUCCUUUCGGUCAAUUGUGUUUUGAUUCUCAUCACAGUCGUCAACAUCAUCUCCAGCGUUAUCCUAGCCCUCUGCUACGGAUGGAAGCUCAGUCUCGUACUGGCCUUGGGUGGACUCCCUGUCCUCGUAGCGUCAGGCUACAUCCGUAUCCGACUCGAAUUCAAGUUUGAAAUUGACACUGCCGAUCGAUUUUCUGAUAGCAGUGGUCUCGCCUCCGAAGCCGUCAUGGGCAUCCGCACCGUGUCCUCGCUCGCCCUCGAGCAAGCCAUCAUCUCCCGGUACCAUGACUCUCUGCAGAACAUUGCAAGGGAUGCCAUUGCCGGCCUUGGCUGGAAAAUGUUCUUUUACUCCCUCAGCCAGUCCGUUUCCCUGUUGGUCAUGUGCCUUGGCUUUUGGUAUGGCGGCCAGCUCGUCUCCACUGGCGAGUACACCACAUCCCAGUUCUACGUCAUCUUCAUCGCCAUAAUCUUCUCUGGCGAAGCAGCUGCGCUCUUCUUCCAGUACACCACAAGCAUCACCAAGGCUGGCACCGCCAUCAACUAUAUCCUACGCCUACGCCGCACGCGCAUCCUAAACGACAGCGACGGCAGAUCUAGCCUCACCGAUGCUGAAAAAUCGAAUGAACCCGUGAAGGGCAAGGAUGUUGUUUGCGACGAUAUUCAAUUUGCGUAUCCGCUGCGUCCCAAGCUCAAGGUUCUCCGUGGCAUCGACAUCGGCAUCCAGCCCGGCAGCAUGAUGGCUUUUGUCGGCGCCUCGGGCUGUGGUAAGUCGACUAUGAUUGCGCUCUUGCAGCGCUUCUAUGAUCCAACGUCCGGCGAGCUACGUGUCGAUGGUCUUGAUGCCAAGCAGUAUGACCGGUCGCAGUACCGCCGCGACAUUGCGCUCGUGCAGCAAGAGCCUGUGCUUUACCAGGGCUCUAUACGCGACAACAUUUCACUCGGCAUUGAGUACGGCGAGCCGUCAGAAGCCGAUAUCAUUUCCGCCUGCCAACAGGCCAACGUCUGGGACUUUGUUUCGUCACUGCCUGACGGCCUCAACACCACCUGUGGCAGCCAAGGCUUGUCACUCUCGGGCGGCCAGAGACAGCGCAUCGCCAUCGCGCGCGCGCUGAUUCGCAAACCGCGACUGCUCCUCCUUGAUGAGGCCACAUCGGCCCUAGACACAGAGUCUGAAAAGGUGGUGAAGGAGGCGCUUGACCGGGCCGCCGCAGGCCGUACGACGAUUGCAGUGGCGCACCGGCUUAGCACCAUCCGCGAUGCAGACACCAUUGUGGUCUUUGGUAAGGGGCAGAUUAUUGAGCGGGGAACGCAUGAGGAGCUUAUCACGCAAAUGGGUGUGUAUUACGAAAUGGUCCUCGGACAAUCGCUGGACCGAGAGGCCUAA